AUGAAGAGAGAAAACUACACAGUCGUGAGUGAAUUUUUUUUCCAGGGUUUUUCCAGCUUUCAUGAACACAAACUUAUUCUCUUUGCAAUAUUUCUCACCUUGUAUAUUUUAACCCUGGCUGGCAAUGUCAUCAUUGUGACAAUUAUCAGUACUGAUCGCCACCUUCACACCCCCAUGUACUUCUUUCUUAGUAUGCUUUCAACUUCAGAAACUAUGUACACAUUGGUCAUUGUACCACAAAUGCUCUCCAGCCUCAUAGGACAAAGCCAGUCCAUCUCCUUGGCUGGCUGUGCCACCCAGAUGUUCUUCUUUAUCACUUUGGCCAUCAACAACUGCUUUCUACUCACAGCAAUGGGGUAUGACCGUUAUGUCGCCAUCUGCAAACCUUUGAGGUACACAGUCAUCAUGAACAAGAAAGUGUGUGCCCUGCUGGUGUGGGGGGCCUGCAGCAUUGGCCUGCUUGUGGCCAUCAUUCAGACUCCCUCUGUGUUCAGUCAGCCCUUUUGUGGUAAAGAGGUGACCCAUUAUUUCUGUGACAUCCGCCCAGUUAUGAAACUCUCCUGUGCUGACACCAAUCUACAUGAUAUAAUUAAUUUUAUCAUCAGCUCGCUUGUCAUUGUGGUGCCCAUGGGUUUGGUCUUCAUCUCCUACAUCCUGAUCAUCUCCACCAUCCUCAAGAUUGCCUCAAGUGAGGGCCAAAAGAAGGCGUUUGCAACUUGUGCCUCUCACCUCAUCGUGGUCAUUGUCCACUAUGGCUGUGCCUCCAUUGCCUACCUCAAGCCUGAGUCGGAGAACACCAAAGAUCAGGAUCAGCUGAUCUCAGUGACCUACACCAUUUUUACUCCUCUCCUUAACCCUGUGGUAUAUACUCUGAGAAACAAGGAGGUCAAGAACGCCCUUCACCGUGCUUUCAUCAGAAAACCUUUUGCCUAG